UGCCAGCAGCAGCAGUGGGCAAAUUGCGAGAGGAAAAGCGCUCAGCUUUAAAGUGAAAACAAGAGUGAAAAACUUAAAGUGACUUGGCAAAUUGCCAAAAGUACAUACACACAGACGCACACGAGUGUGUGUGGGUGAGUGUGUUGCUGCAAGUGGAUUUCUAUUUUUGCGCCAUUGAAGGCAGCGUGUGAAGUGUUGUCGUUGUGGCAAGCAGCAUAAUUGUUGUUGCUGUUGUUGCCACUAACUGUAGCUGGCAUUGAGCGACGGCAACAGCAAAAAAAAUAAACUUUAAAGUGCAGCCUGUAAGCGGUUUAAAGACGCCUCAAAAACAAAAGAAAAAAAUAAACAAAAGGCAACAAUAGACACACACACACACACAUUACCUUGCCCCUUGGCCAGUCUGCACAUUCUCGCCUAAGCUUCGAGUGUGUUUCUGCUCAAUGUCAGCCAAUUGAUUCUAGCUGUGUGUUCGUGUGUGUGAGUGUAAGCUAAAACAAACAGUUAACCAAUUUUGACUUUGGACAACAUGUGGAGUUGGCAGCGUAUGCGCCAUAAGCCACUCUGGGCUUUAAUAUCCUUGACCAUUCUGCUGCUGGUCCUGGACAGAGUCAGCCAGAGUCAGGCCAACACGGAGCCACCAGCCACCGUGGAGACCACCACCACAACGGUGGAGCCAGAUGCAUCGCCGGGCUGCCGGGCGCCGGAUGUGCGCUUCACCAUUUUCAAACCGGAAAUGACAACCGAACAGCCGUAUGCGAAGUUCGAGACGACACAGGUCUAUCUGCCGGAGGACUUUACCACCGCCGAUGUGGAAUUUGUGGAUAAGCUGCAUGCGGUCAAAGAGAAUCAUGCGGCCAUUGUGAAUCCGUAUUCGGUCGACUUUGGCGACGAUGAGCAUCACCAUCAUCAUGAACUGCAUGCCGGCGAUGCGGCAGCCAGUCUUGUGGAUGACCAUGACAUGGAGGACGAGGCGGAUGAGCUGCAUGGUGCCCAGCUGGAGGAGGGUGCCCGCAAGCGGCUCAACAACAAUCGCAAGCAGGGCAAGAAACGACGCUCCGGUUCCGGUCGUCGUCGUCGCCUCGAGAAUGAGAAUGGCCAAACAGGACGUGGGCGUGGCAGCCGUUACAAGCGCCAUGCCAUACUGCACGAUGCGGAUGCCUCGCCGGACACGGAUCGCUGGGCGGGCAGCAAAUUGGCCGCCGAGGGUGAUGUCUACUACGUGCACAUUGCGGAUAUAUUGAAAUCGCGCGAGCCCAAUCGCCAGCUGCGCGCCAAGCUGCACAGGCUGAAGCAAAAGGCACGCCUGACCAAGUGCCUGGCCGAUGGCAGCAGCGAGAAGUGCAUCAAGCUGCUGCAAAAGCUCAAAGCGAAGCAGGUGCUGGCAGAGAAGAAGCAGGCGGCGGCAGAGAGGGAGCAGCAGCCCGAGCAGCAGCUAGAACUGGAGCCAGAGCCGGAACCGGAGUCGGAGACGGAGACGAAGCCGAAGCAGGAGCAUCAUCGUCGACGCGGUGACAGUCACGCUGCAGAGCUCGACCAGCGUGACAUGGAAUCGCGUUGGCGUCGCAGCAUCGAUGCCAAAGGCGAUGCCGGCCAAUUGGAUGUGGCAUAUAUAAAUCAUGGCAAUCAGUCGAGCAGUGCAGCAGUGGCCCUGCAACGUGUAAAGCGCAAGUCGGGCAAGACCACGGGUGCACUGAGCCGUCCGAAAGGUGGUGGCGACUCCAGCUCAAAGACCACCAGUCGCAAGGACAAGGGCAUCUAUGAUGAGGAGACCGGCUAUUCGCCCAUACACACUGAUGACUCCGAGUUCGAUGAGGAUGAGGAGGAGGAUGAGGAGAUUGAUAUAUUACAGCAGUUUACCGAAGUAUCUGAGAUACGUUUCCCAGGUGAAAUUGGACCCAUGGGCGAUCGACGCCUAUGCAAGAUACGCUGCGUCAAGGGCAAGUGGGUGGGUCCGCUGUGUGCCACCAAUGAGGAGGAUGACAACGGCAACGUGAAGUUUCAGCCACUGUACAAGAGCUGCCAUGUCAAUCGCAUUCCGACUCAUCUGCUGCUCAGCUAUCGCAACAUCUCCGUGACACCGAUACCACCAAAUCGCGGCUGGCGUAAAACCCGCUUAUCCAAAUCGACACUUGUCUCAAACACAGAAAUUAACGUAGGCUGGGAUCUGCCACAUGGUCAUUCGCUGCAGGCGCGCUGCCAGGAGCUGGGCAUCUAUAAGUUGUUGGGCGAAUCGCGCGUACUCUGCUCGAAUGGUCUCUGGGCACCGCGCAUGCCCAGCUGUGUGCCCACCACCGUGCUGACCAACUACUCGGAGGACAGUGCACCCUCCAUACGCAUCAAGAUCUUCAAUGGAUCGCACUCCUUUGAGCCAUCCGGCGUGAUGGCCGUGCCACCGCACAGCACCGUGCAAAUGGACUGCAUGUAUCCGCGUGUGCGCGGCACUCCCGAAUGGAGCUGGACCAGUUGGUAUAUGCAGUACAAUACAGGCUGGUCGCCGGCGGGCGAGGAGAAGGCCGUACGCUAUCGCCUGAGCAUCAAGAGCAUUGAGAACAACGAUUCGGGCACAUUUACGUGCACUUCGCCGCGCGGUUUGACAAACAGCAUUGCCGUGGUGGUGGCCACUUCGACGUGCCCGCAGCUAACGGAGCCGAUGGCGCCGCUCAAGCUGAGGCUCGAGGGCAAUAAGUUAGGCCAGCGAGCGCUUUAUGAGUGCCCCGAGGGCUUUAGGCUGGAUGGCGCCUGGAAUGCCACCUGCCUGGCCUCAGGCAAUUGGUCAUCGCCAUCGCCAACAUGCCAUCCCAUACAAUGUCCCCGCCUUGUGCUAGACGAUCCACAUCUCAGUCUCAUUGAGUUAAACACAUCGGCAUGGGGGCGGGCGGUGUUCAAAUGCCAAUGGGGCUUCAAGCUAACCGGACCGGCGCUGCUGGACUGUGAGCCGACGGGCGUCUGGAGUGGCCCAGUGCCACGCUGCAAAGUCAUUCAGUGCGUGAUGCCAGUGGCGCCGCUUAAUGGACGCAUUGGGGGCACCAGCUUGAGUCAGAGGCGUUUGACAGUUGGCGCUUUGGUCACAUUCAGCUGCAACGAUGGCCACACUCUGGUCGGCGAGUCGAGCAUCAUUUGCACGGAGAACGGGUUCUGGUCGCACUCGCCACCAUUUUGCAAAUCGCAGUGCCCCUAUCCAGGCGACCCGCCCAACGGUUUGAUCGCCCCGCUCAAAUUCAACUAUGAUGCGGGCGACUAUCUGAGCGUCCAGUGCCGGCCGGGCUUCAUACAGAUCCAGACGAACGAGGAUCACAGCACGGGUCCGCCCGAGCGGCCAAAAUGUCAGCCAGAUGGCAGGUGGUCAGGCCCGUUGCCCAAAUGCCGCAGCUACGAGGAAGUGUAGCUCCACUGAACUCCAGCUGGAUCCCCAGGGGAAAUGAAGUUCUAGGCCCAAGCCCAAGCUGCCCGGCCCAAGAAUUUAGUAUAUUAGCGAACCAAAAUUCCAAAUUCAAACCGAAAAUAAAUGAACAAAAAAAAAAACAUAAAUAAACCCGAGUGAUAUUUAGAUUAAACUUAGUGCGAGGUAUCAAAAUUAAUUAACAUAAUUACGAAAUCAUUUUAUUGGAUCUAAUUGAACUUGACUUUAAAUCACUCGCUAUCUUUAUAUUUAACUUAUAACAACAAAUACUUGAACGUUUCUUUGAAAUGCAUCUAUAGCUCUUCUAGGCCCACUUGAACAAAUUCUCAAAUAUUCCAUUAGAGACAGAGAUAAAGAGAGACAGAGAGAGAGAGAGAGAGAGAGAGAGAGAGAGAGAGAGAGAGAGA